AUGGUUGACGUGGAGUCAGGUUUGGAGUGCCUGGACGUGGGCUCCCUCAAAGGAGAGCAACAUGAUAAGCUCAUGCAAUUCAAGAUAAAUGCCAGGAUAGCGAAUGAGAAAUACUUACGUUCCCACAAAGAGCUGGAGCUGCUGCUAUCAGGGUUUCUCAAGGAAGUCCUGAUGCGAAGACCAGAGAAUAUUCGAGAAUUUGCCGCAGGCUAUUUCACCAAUCCAGAACUCCCCAAGAAGAUCCAGCAGCAAAUGAUGGAGAAGCUAAAUGAGGCCGUCUAAGUGGUGCCGUGUUGCUU